UCUUAUUCGUCGAAAAAAAAGUUACCAGAAAAAAAACUUUUAAUAGAAAAAAAUGGCUGCCACAGCUGUACAAAGACAACGAAAACAACAAACCUUAUCAGAACAACAACAACAACAACAAUUCUAUGGUGAAUCAGAUUUUAUACUGAUCGAUCAUCAUAACUGUCAUCAUCAAUAUCAUCAUAAUGAUGAUGAUAAUAAGUUGCAGCAAAUCAAUUCAGGAAAUCGAAAUUCAUUUAUUUGUCGAAUGAUAGAAUUGGAAAAGACUAUAUUCUGUUUAAUGUUUUAUCUGAUUGAAACGUAUUAUAGGCCAAUAAUUAAUCAAUUACCAUUAUCGAAUAAUAAUAAUAAUAAUGAUAACAAUGAAGGCAAUAACAAAACUGAUCGAUCAACAACCGAUUCGGAAUGGUAUUGUCAAUAUCGUAUGCCAUCGAAACGUAUUUAUGGUAUACAAAAAGCAUAUAAAAAACAAUUUGAAAAAAAAUUUGAUCGAUCUGCUUUAAUGUCAAACGAUUUUUUACGAUCAUCAUCGGCUGCUGAUUGUUAUUUAGAAUUUCAUCGUAAUCAUAUUGAUUGGCAACUAGUGUUUGCAUCGAUAUCGGGUUUUCCUUAUUGUCGACAAACAAAUCAAACAUUAGCUAGACAAUUAGAUUUUGAUUCAUUAUUCGAUAUUGAAGAUGCUAUAACACAAUCGGCUUAUUUAUUGGCCAACGCACGACAACAUUUUCAACUUAUUGACAAUUUAGUUUUAAACAAUGAUAAAAUAAAUAAUGGAUUACAAGCUAAUAGAAAUAAUUGUAAACAACCAACCAGUCAAUAUAAUCUGUCUAUGAAAGAUGAAUUUGAUAAUUUUGAACGAUUAAUCAAAAUGAUUGAAAAUCUUAUUGAAAAUAAAAACAAACAAAUGAAUGAAUGUAUAAUGAUAAAUGAACAUCGAAAAAAAUCCAAAGAAUCAUCAUCAUCAUCUAGUCUAUUGGAUAGUUGGCUUUUUUUCAAACGAAAAUCUCGAUCAUUUAUUGAUUCAACAACAGAACCAUUGGAAAAACAAUGUCGUGAAUAUGAUAUUCUUCAAGUUGAAAAUUUAAUUGAAAAUUUACGUAAAGAAAUUAAUUCUUGGGAAGAAUUGAUUGAUGUAAUUAAUAUUUCAAAAUGCUCAUUAUCAUAGCAUUAAUUAUAUAAUUUUUGUUUUA